AUGGAUCGUGUAGAGAUAUCUGAAAGCGUCCAUGUAACUGAUGAAAAGCGAGUUUCGCCGGAAUCUGUCAGUAUGGUUGAACAAGAAAGCCCUAUAGGGGAUGCAGGAAUUCAGUGUACUCCAACUCCGCAAGUCAUCAAACACUUUGAAGAUAUAAGUGAAAUUUGGCCUGAGAGUCUGAAAAGCGGUUCUGAAAAAGAAGGGUAUGGCAAGGACGUGAAUGAGGGUUUGAAUCGUAGUGAGCUAUGCGACAGUUUGUCAACGUCCAUAAUACAACUGAUGACGGACUCAGCAUCACCACGACGUCGUUCAUUAUCGCAGAUAGCGCGCCGCUAUGAGUUAAGCGAAUCCCUGUUAGAGGAUUCUAUCAGUUCCUCGUCGAAGUCGCCACGUGCUCCCAAAGAACGAUUUACAACUAAAAUGCCUGCUUCAAUUUCACCUCGAGCGAAAGCACUACUGGAGGAAGGUCUAGACUAUUCAUGGUGA